UGACUCGAGCGUGAUCCCACAGUCCAUGUGACUGGCCAGAAGGUCUCCGGAUUAUUUUUGACUUUCUUUGUUUUUGUGAAUUGUCGCUGGAAGGAAAGGAAGGCAACAAAACUGUCACUGCUGCCUGUAUCCUACAUUUUCAUCGACUACAAAUGGACAACGCAGGGAUGAAAAAAGGAAUUGUGCUGAAAGAUGACUGGCCAGGAUAUAGUCUGGACCUGUUCACUUACCCUGAACACUACCAUGAAGACAUAGAGAGUGUUUACAUUCCACAUGGGAUAAUCACGAACAGGGUGGAGCGUCUGGCCCACUACAUCAUGGAUGACUUUGCUGACAACAACAACAUCAUGGUGCUGUGCGUCCUGAAGGGAGGCUACAAGUUCUGUGCAGACCUGGUGGAGUUCAUCAAGGUGCUCGGCCGCAACUCCAACAAGUACCUGGAGACACGGGUGGAGUUCAUCCGUCUCAAGAGCUACCUAAAUGACCAAUCAACAGAGCAGCUGCAAAUCAUAGGAAGUGGAGAUCUGUCGUUCCUACGUGGAAAGAGUGUGCUCAUUGUCGAGGCCAUAGUUGACACAGGAAAGACCAUGAAGGCCCUUCUGAAGCAUGUGGAGACCUUUGAACCAAAGAUGGUCAAGGUCGCAGGUCUGUUGGUGAAGAGGGUUCCUAACAUGGCUGAAAGUCUGACAGACUAUGUUGGAUUUGAGAUCCCGAACCACUUUGUUGUGGGCUAUGCUCUGGACUACAAUGAAUACUUCCGUGACCUGAAUCAUCUCUGUGUCAUCAGCAAGACUGGAAAGAUGAAGUUCAAGGUUUAAAAAAAAAGGAUACAUGGAUGAAUGAAAGAAAGAAAUCCUGGCAACCGGGAGAGGACUGUUGGUGACAGAUGGACAGAGCUUAUGGACGCUGGCAUCCCCAUGCCCAGAUGACGCCCACUCUGACUCAUGGAAACAUACAGUGGGUGCAGCAGGCAGGAAGAACAGUGUCUCCUCACCACGCUGUGUCUAUUUGUCCCCAACUUAAAUCAGGCCUUAAUGGGAAUCCCAACCAAAUACAUGUGAAUUCAACAAAUUCAGUGGCAAAACAAUGCCACCUGAAAUCAAACCUGGAGUCUGUAUAUCAAAAGAAAAGCAAUCUCAUAACCAUAGAAGUAGUCAGUCAUUAAAAUUGACAUCUAGACGUUGAGUUAUGUUAUAAAUUACAAAUACAAACUGCUCCAGCGAGAAAAAGACAAAUAGAAACAACUUUUUUCAAAUGUAUUCAAACCUCCAUUAUUUAAUAAGAAAACAGUGUAUUGUUGCAAUUGAACUC